AUGUUCCAUUCACUUCGUCUGUCUACACGGGCGCCGUUGCGCUCCAUGCGCAUGGUGCGCUGGAAUUCUACCGCCAGCCCUACUACGCCUCCGCUGAUGGCUACGCUUCGGACAGACUUGAAAACAGCUAUGAGAGCUAAGGAUACUUCUAGGCUCAAUGUCCUACGUGCCGUCAUCUCCGAGUUCAAUAACAGCCAAAAGACCGCCUCCCCCAUUCAAACAGAUAUCCAGCUCUUAUCGCUUCUGCGCAAGCGGGCUAGUGCUGCCAGGGAUGCUGCCAAGGAGUUCGCCGAGGCCGAACGACCCGAUCUGAAGGAGAAGGAGGAAGCGCAGGUGGCCGUCCUCGAGGAGUAUGCCAGCCAGGUCAAGACCCUCGCCGUUGAGGAAGUCGAGACCAUCAUUGCAAACGAGAUUACCGCCAUUAAAGAGGCCGGGAAGAAGCUCGAUGUCGGUCAGGUGCUCAAGUCUCUCUUUGCGCCCGGUGGUGCCCUGGACGGCAAGCCCGCCGACCGCAAGGAAGUCGCUGGUCUGGUCAAGAAGGCUGUCUCUGCGUGA